CGCGUCGCAAACAAAGGGCGCUUGUUUGUUUGGCAGUGGACGCUGCCUGCCACUUGCUCUGCCGACGACUGAACCAGCACACACCAACCACUCACCACUGUUCACAAGCAGACACCUUCUUCGUCUUCGUCUCGCUCAUUCACACGAUCGCGCAACACGCGUCAUGGCUGCGGUGAAGCUGUUGAUUGCGCUGGGUGCCUUUGAGGUUGCGGCGUGGAUGUGGGACGUGUUUGGGGUGCACAAGGCGCUGAACGAUGGCGCGGAGAUGCCCAUGAACCACCGCAUCGUGGCGGGGCUGGUGAACGGCUUUCCGCUCUUCAUGCUGGCGGCGUCGCUGUCCUGGCUCCGAUACAUCCACGAGCACCCGGAGGAAACAGAGGAGGAGGUGCAGCAGGAACGCGAGGAGAAGCGGGAGAAGAAACGCCGGCAAAAGAAAGAGGAGGCAUCAAAGCGGCGCCACAAAGGAGUACCACGCGACAACGCUGAAAACGACAGCGACGACGAUGACGAUGACGAUGACGAUUCAACCGCGGCUGCCGUGUCCAUCCUACCGACGGGGUUUGCGUCGCUUCUCAUGCCAGUGUUGUUUCUCUUCCUCAGCAUGCAGCUCUACUUUUGGUGGCUGCCGUACUUUUUCGACAUGGCGCCAGAGGAGUUGCGCGAGGAACACGCGCGGCAGUUGGCCGAUGUGCCCAAGGUCCUGCCCCCGCUUCGCCACACGCUGCACAUCAUCCCCGACAUUGAGCACACUAUCCUCUUCCCGCUCACACUCGCCACCGUCGUGGCAUCCAUUGGCCGCUUUGUCGUUGACGUGAACGAGGCAAACCGCCCAUGGCUCGCAACCAUUGUCGUCUUCAUCUCGGGCAUUGGCCUGGCGUCGCUGCCUGCAGCCAUGGCGGGAAAGGACAACGUUGGUGCUGUGAUCGCAGCUGCCGUCACGGGCGUUCUCUCCGUCAUCACCGCCGUCUCCACAGCCGUCACAGCGGCGUCGCGUGGCCGCAGUGCCGAGAGCGAGAGCAAGAAAGACAAGUGAUGAUGGUGGAAGAGUAGACGGAGAAGAAGAGACGAGAGGGAGUGAGAGAGAGAGAGCGCGCGCGCGUAGUGUGCGUAUGCGGCAUGACUUUAAUGAUGUGUUGCUUGAGCCUGCACUGUGAUUGACGCGUUACAACGACUGUACCGACGUGUAUUGCGUGCCAUGUAAACGAUCGAACCUUGCA